GCCAGAGCAGUGCCAGAGGGACGUGAAGAAACCGACUGGACAUCCAAGACCGAAGCAGUCAUGAGGACCACGGCCUACCUUCUGCUUGUGUUUGUGACAUCGAACGCUUACGUUGUCCGGCGGCGUGACCCCUUUGACGACCAGGAAUCCAUGAGGGACGCCCUCGAAGCCUUGGAAAGCCGCCGACUGGGGGACGGGGGUCAAUACUACGACGCAGCCAGCCAAGGUGUUCCAUACGACGAGUUUGAGGAUGGUGAAGGUUACGAAAAUACCGAUCCAUAUCUUCUACAGAACCUUCUGGAUGAGUCCCGCCUAGGGCAGGGAGACGAAAGCUACGGCGGAGAUGAAGAAUUCGAUCCAUACCCACCCUUUGAAUCCCCGUCAUACGGCGACGGUGCUAUGUCUCCAACAAACAGCGAUGAUUUCGUGGGGAUGGGACAGGGGGCACCACGAGAAGAACCAGUCACACGGGAGGAGCUCGAGGACCUCUUCAAAUCCGUAAAUGACCAGUACCAGGAUCAGGAUCAUGACUCGGCCCAACCUUUGAAGUUAUCCCUAAAGAAGAAAUAUCAACCUUCCCCAAAACAAUUUAAAAAUUCCAACUCUUUAACGGACACGAAAACUCGCCUAAAGAACAUGAACCCACAACAGAUGCAGGCGCUGCUGGACGAACUACGAGCGGAGGCUUCAAGGGAGGAAAAGCGAAACACCGCCAAGAAGUCAACCUCCGGAGGUGACUCCCUUCAGAAAGUCAAUCAAGAAGAACUUAACUCCAUAUUUGGGUCAGCUGGGAUUAAAAAAAGUGUCAAGAAAGCGACCAAAGAGGACGUGCCCAGUAACGAGGAAAUGACCAAGAAACGCAAGCGUUCUGGCACAGAUGGACUUAACAGUCGGAACCAAAACAGUGGCACUGAUGACGUCAUAGGAGAUGCAUCAACGAAAAACGGGGACGACCUCGACUUCAGAAAGCUUUAUCAACAAACCGACUUAAAGGCCAACCUCCUUCAAAGAGAAAACGAAUACCUAACAGAUGCCUUGGAUUUGGCAACAUUGAGCCAGUUGAAGGGUGGAAACGACCUGGUCCCCAAGGAGGCAGACAACCUACAGAAAGCGAUGGAAAUCGAGUCGUUGAUUGGUCGCCUGGAGAGGAACAUGGUGCAACAGAUAGGAGUUGAUCUACAUGCCGAUGGGGAGCACCAGGACGAAAAUGAUGAAGAGAAAAAGUCGAAUUUGGAAGAUCUUGGUGAAGAGGGUUACCUCCGAGGCGUGGAGGACAAGAGACAGUCUUCGCCAGAAAAUGCUUAUAAUGACAUUGAUGAAAAACUCUUCCAAAUGCCAAGGCCAGCUGAUGAUGACGAGGACAUGAACGCGGCCUAUAUACCCGACGGUCCGAUAUAUGCAGACCUGGCACCUACAUGCCCGCUGGUGGAGAAGAUUGCUAAUGGCUGCCAGAUUCUCCAGGAGGUCGGGGUCGUACUGGACCUAGAGGCCGCCACUCUGUGCGACAGACAUCUUGUCUGCUACGCCUGUGGUGCCGCCGUUGGAGGGUCACGUGACAGCUGUGAUCAAGGAUUCCUGGCGGCUGCGGAGCGGGCUUGUCGUGACAGCGAAGAAUGUAAAGAGGGCGCCACAUCAGUUUUACUUGCUCUCCAGAAGUUGCACGCUUUUAACCUGAACAAGCUGAAUGCUUGUCGGGCACCUUGCGUCAUGGAUUUCGUUGUAAAUGGGGAAUAUUAAGAAGAUUAGAUGCACCAACAUUUAUUUUUUAAAAAGAAAGAGAUCGCAAAGUAUAUUUAAAUUGUUCGGAAUUAUAUUUUAUCUCUGGCAUUUUCAUCAUUCCAAGAAUCUCUUUCCAAAAAUACCGGUACGAUUAUUUGAAGGCGUAAGUUAUUUAUUUCAGAAAGUCGUUUUUAUAAACAAGCUGUUUUCAUGUUGCUUAUUUUAGUGUCUGCGGGCCCGGAUAAACCUGUCUAGUUCAUAGGCAAAAAGACAAUUCAGAAUCGUUUAAUUCAAGAGCUAUCUGUAGUUAAAUGUUCUGUAAACUCAAACACAUACAUACAUUCCCUAUUUUUAUUACGUUUCUGUCAAAACGAAUGAAGAUGAUGGUGUCUCCUCCUGCUCCUGCAUAAAAGGCAGCCCUCUAUACUAUAAGGCUUUGGAUAUAAUAGAAAGAGAAGGGGCAUGUUGAUACGAAAGAAACGCAGGGCUUUCACGUGAAUAAUUGUCUGGCGGAUUCAGGAGCCGUGGAGUGUGUAUUGGGGUGGGGGAGGGAUACAAGAACUAACAAUAAAAAUAAACAACGGCAGAUGUGUACAUGUACUAUUCUACAUAUUUUGGACAAAUAGAUGCGAUGGAAAAAAUUUAUUGGAUUUUCCUCUUUUUUUGCUUGUUAACUGCAGUCAGGACGCAUCAGAAGUUAUGUCGGGGGCACGGGUCGGCAUCCCCCCAUCCCCACCCCCACGUUAUACGACAUUUUUAUUAUUGACACUUUGUAACUGAACAGGUAGAUACACGGUAGGCCCAUUCAGAUAGGAUUUUGUUUGGUAUACUGUGCACUCUCGUUUCUUUCAUGUUUUAGCAUCAUUGUGAAUGCCUUGUCAUCAAAAUUGUGUAGCUGUUGGGUACAGGAAAGACAAUUCUCGAUUUCACUGUUUACUUGAGUGUCUAAAAAGCUUUUAAAUUGAAUAAGGAUUAUCAAAAAUGCAUAACCUCCGAGCAAAUUAAAAGUUAAGUGUUGGGUGUAAACGAGUGAGAAUGCUACGUGCAAUCCAGCAAAUUUCCAGAAUUUUCUCAGCUGUGUUUUGUGCUCUAAGUUCCAAUGAUAAAAGGUAUACGCAACAAUUCCACCUGCAUCCUCAUUCACUGAUGAAGGUGUCUUGUUCUAGACACUGAUAUAUUGGAGGGGUAAGAACCGUGGAGUUUUGCUGGUGUUUCAGGAGCAUAGUAUUUAAGUUAUUGAUAUAGGCAAUGCAUGCAUAACGGGUAUAUUAUAUCACGAUACCAAAUUACACUUCCAUACACACGAUCGAUUUUUUAUUUGCAAAAGUAAUCUUUGGUGAAGACAGGAAAAUAAGUUGUGUAUGUACA